AUGCCGAUGCUUGACGACCCCUCCAAGCGCUAUGCGCCGUUCCAGCCCGAACCGUACCCGAACCGCACCUGGCCCGACCAGAAAUGCAAAAAGCCCCCCAUCUGGCUCUCCACUGAUCUGCGUGACGGAAACCAGUCGCUCGCGAAUCCCAUGACCAACAGACAGAAGAUGAGGUUCUUCCGUCAUCUCGUCCAGAUUGGGUUCAAGGAGAUUGAAGUGGCCUACCCCGCCGCGUCCGAGACCGACUUCCAGCUCUGUCGCGAGCUCGUGAACGGCAACGACGUGCCCGAUGACGUGUGGAUCCAGGUCCUGACUCCGGCACGUACCGACCUGAUUACGCGCACGUUUGAGGCAGUGGCUGGUCUCAAGAACGUGAUCAUCCACAUGUACAACGCAACAUCUUGUGUGUUCCGUGAGGUCGUGUUCAACAACAACCGCGAGGAGACUAUCCAGCUCGCCACUGAGCACACCGCGCUCGUGCGCAAGCUUUCCGAGCAGUACGCCAAGAGCCACGGCACAAACUUCCGUUACGAGUACUCGCCCGAAACCUUCUCCCAGACCGAGACUUGGUACGCCGCCGAGGUGUGCGAGGCUGUCAAGAAGACGUGGCUCGCUGGCACCGGGUCAGUGUUCGCCGACGGCCGUAAGGAGGAGCGUAUCAUCUUCAACCUCCCCGCUACUGUCGAAGUGGCGACGCCCAACGUGUUUGCCGACCAGGUUGAGAUGUUCAUCAACAGCAUCACCCAGCGCGAAAAGUGCAUCAUCUCGCUCCACACCCACAACGACCGCGGCUGCGCAGUUGCUGCGGCCGAGCUUGGCGUCCUCGCUGGCGCUGACCGUGUCGAGGGCACCGUCCUCGGUAACGGUGAGCGUACCGGCAACGUCGACCUCGUGACCCUCGGCCUCAACCUCUACUCGCAGGGGUACCACCCGGGUCUCGACUUCUCCGACAUGUUCUCCAUUAUUGACACUGUCACCGAGUGCACUGGCCUCCCAGUACACCCUAGGCAUCCAUAUGCCGGCGAGCUCGUGUUCACGGCCUUUUCGGGUUCGCACCAGGACGCGAUCAAGAAGGGUCUCGAGGCCCAGUCUGCUCGCGAGAAGGAGGGGAAUAUGAUCUGGGACGUGCCUUACCUUCCCAUCGACCCCGCCGACGUCGGAUGCACAUACGAGGCAGUCAUCCGUGUCAACUCGCAGUCGGGCAAGGGCGGUAUCGCUUACAUCAUCAAGACGGCGCUCGGCCUCGACGUGCCUCGCCGCAUGCAGAUCUCGUUCUACCGCGUCAUCCAGGACAAGUCUGAAGAGACAGGGCGCGAGCUCUCGGUCAAGGACAUCACCUCGUCGUUCCGUGAGGCCUACCGCUUUGGCACGGGCCACGAGGGCCGCCUAGUCCUCAAGGCGUUCAGCAUGGAGAACCAGCGCGCCUCGCGCUCGUCCUCUGUUCGCGGUUCGCGUGACCACUCCCCCACCCGUGGCGCUCUCGACAUGACCUCGAGCGUCUCGAGCCUGGACCAGAGCAUUGACGACCUCCCCUCGGUCCCCCGCAAGAUUAGCGCGACAAUUGUCGUCGACGGCGAGACGCGCCAGAUCACGGGUGACGGUAACGGUCCCCUCUCGUCGUUCCUUGACGCGCUCAACUCGGACCUCGGCAUCGCCCUCUCGGUCCGCGAGUACUCUGAACACGCCGUCGGUGUCGGCUCGGACGUCAAGGCAGCCACGUACAUCGAGGUCAUUCCCCCGACCGCCGACCCCAAGGACCGCACCAAGGGCGGGUUCUGGGGUGUUGGCGUCGACGCCGACAUCACUGCUUCUGGUCUCAAGGCGGUUAUUUCGGCGGCCAACGCGUGGCUCGGCAAGCAGAAGCUGAGCAUCGACGCGUAA